ACGUACGGUUUGUUUAUUUUUCCUGCACUGGCGGUAAGUGUGUAAUGAAAGAGGGCAAUUAAGAAGCGGUUAUUCCGUGUAUUAUAAACUUUAUUUGCGACAUCCCAAGGUUUUGAACGAGAAUGUCUUACGGUUCUAUAAUAAAUGUCGCUUCGGUCCUGUGUGUAGCGCUUAUCUGUAAUUAGAGUAAACUCAUACUGAUGUCACAGAGCGAGUCUGAAAGUGAUAUUUGGGAAUAUAAAUCUCUUAAGAAGACUAAAAGAAAAGCCCAGACUCCGAGAUCUAGUGAAGAUGAGUCAAAGCGACCGAGGUUGGCAAAGCAAGCCGAGUCAAAGAAAAAGACAAAGAAAGCCUGCAGAGGGAGUAGAUUGAACACUAAGUCCAAGACAUCGACUGAACUGUGUACAGGGAGUGAAUGUGUUCAAGUCACCAAGCCAGAUGGACCAACGACCAAAUCCUCCCUAUUGUCCAGCUCACAGUCAGCCGAAGUGGACGAGGGGUCAUCAUCAGAACAAGACCCUCAGUCCAGCAGUUACUGUCCUGUCUGUCAAAUGCCAUUUUCCAUUUUGGUCGUCCAGACAGCACAGUGGCAUGUUGCUGAAUGCUUGGAGAACCCUGGAGAAACAAGUGAAGAAUGUCCAGAUGGCCUACAGUGCUCCUCUUCCAUUCCAAACCACUACAAGAGGUACUGCCACUCUCUUUUAGCUCACAGUCGAGCAUUAAAUGCCACAGAGGCAGCUUCUUCAAUACUGGGCCACACGCCUAGAUUCCAUCUGGAGCAGAAGACAAUUAAUAAUGAUGCCAUUAUUUAUAGUAAAGAUAGCUUUGUGGAUAGUGCUGUCAAUCUGUCCACUGCAUCCAGCCACAGUGCCUUUCCUGCUCAAGGAGCCAGAGAAUCUUCUACUCCUGUCCGCCCGAAUGCCUUGCAGCUCUUGCGCUCGCCAGGGCCUGAGGAUAUUAAGAAAAAGAAAGGCUGGUCCCCUUCUACCAAAGGACCUAGAUCUCAUGCAUCAACUCAGGAAGCUAAAAUUAGGAUGUCAACCCCAGUGAAAGCAGAAAAUGUAAGCCAUGAUGUUCAGACCAGGGAAGUAAAUGAGGAACCAUGUACUUUAGAUGAUGAUGAUUAUAUCUCCUACUCUCCUCUUUCUGAGCUCCCUGCUGAAACCAAAGGGAAGCAGAUAAAGAAAAAACUGUUUCACAGUACAGCGUUAGAGGAUGCGAAAGGGAAAGAUGACAAUUCUGAUUCACUGAUAUUGUUUAGUGAUAGUGCACUGAGUGAUGAUGAGCUUUUUGCUGAUGUCUUAGAUAAGUAUGAAACGUCAGUAAGCCAAGAAGAUCCUGUCAUUAAGGAGUCUCUGUCCACCUGUGACCAAUUAGAGUCAUUAGAGUCACAUAAACAUUUGACGGGUUCCAGCUGUGCAGGCCCUACUGAUAGCCCUCAUCAGUCCAGUUCUCCUUUUAGACACUCAAAAGACAUUCAUGAAAUAAAAGACAGGAAGGAAGAUAAUCCUCCAUUACAGUCUCCUCAAAGUCUGGUCCUGGAACGUCUUCGUCAAAGCAUAUCAAACACUGCACAGUUCAACAGUAUCGAUUCUACUUGUGUUGAUAUAAAGUCUGAUUCUUUGACUCAGGAAAUGCUUUCCACUCAAACACUCCCGGCCACUAGGAAACAAACGUCUUCCACGACCCCUAAAAAAGCCAAGACCAAAGCAGGAACAUCUGGGUUAAAGCAAACUGAUAUUGGAGUCUUUUUUGGACUGAAGCCUUUGAAAGAAAUCAAAGAGGAAGUUAGCACAACUGUGGAAGAGAAAUUCCAGGUGAGCUCUGUUUCAGGAAAGAGUUCGGGGUCUGCAGAGCGGCAGAAUAGACGGAGGAAGAACAAGGCAGUCUCUGAAGUGACCGCAAUAAAGGAAGAAGCAGAAGAAGGAGUUGCUCAGCCUACGCAAGCAGAAGGCAAGCGAGGAGCGAGGGCAUGGGGGAGGAAGAGGUGGAACAGAACAACAGCGACAGAUGGAGUAGCAGAAGUGCCCAAACGAUGCCCGUUCUACAAGAAAAUCCCUGGAACGAGCUUUGCUGUGGACGCUUUUCAGUACGGGAAUAUCAAAGGCAUCACAGCCUACUUCCUCACACACUUUCACUCGGAUCACUACGAAGGACUGAAGAAAACCUCAACUUUUCCUAUCUAUUGCAAUAAAAUAACAGGCAACCUGGUGAAGACUAAACUACAUGUGGAUGAGCAGUAUAUCCAUAUUCUCCCCAUGAACGAGGAACGAGUAGUCGAUGGUGUGAAGGUUAUCCUGCUAGAUGCCAAUCACUGUCCAGGGUCGGCCAUGCUGCUGUUGCUGCUGCCAGAUGGUCAGACUGUGCUCCACACAGGCGACUUCCGGGCACAUCCGUCCAUGGAGCGCUACCCAGAGUUGCAGAGCGUCAGGAUUCAGACAGUUUAUCUGGACACGACGUACUGCAGUCCAGAAUAUACAUUUCCAACACAGCAGGAAGUGAUCACAUUUGCUGCUAACACCGCCUUCGAGCUGGUCACGCUCAACCCUCGCACGCUGGUUGUGUGUGGCUCCUAUUCUGUGGGAAAGGAGAAGGUGUUCUUGGCCAUUUCUCAGGUGCUGGGUUCUAUGGUCUAUAUGUCCAAAGAUCGUUAUAAGACCAUGUGCUGUCUAGAGUCAGAACAUAUCAACCAGUGCAUCACCACAAACAUGAAAGAAUCUCAGAUCCAUGUUCUUCCCAUGAUGCAGCUCAAUUUCAAGAAUUUAAAAGCAUACUUGAACCGGUUUUCUAGUACAUAUGACCAGCUGGUGGCAUUCAAGCCCACAGGUUGGACCUUUGCUCAGGAAGUGGGUGUGGAGAAUAUACAGCCUCAAGUCAAAGACAACAUCAGUAUUUAUGGUAUUCCAUACAGCGAACAUAGUAGCUACCUGGAGCUGAAGCGCUUUGUGCAGUGGUUGCGGCCAUUAAAGAUCAUACCCACAGUGAACGUGGGCAAUUGGAACAGCAGGAAGGCCAUGAACAGUUGUUUCAGCGAGUGGCAAGCUGAGGUUAAAACUCUAAAUGCUGUACCAACGAGUAACCGCCCCUGUACAAGACAGUGACUGACCAGUGCCUCAACACAUUUCAGCAUUUGACCAAGUAGUCAAAAUGUGUAUUCAGAUCCCAGAUACAUGCCUGGUUCUAAGCAUAAUCUCUUCUCAUUCAAAGAGAUGCAGAGGAAAUUCUUGAAUCAUUAUUUUACAAUUUUCAGUGCAGAAACAAAGGUCAUUGUUUUGUCUUAAUAUGAAUAUUAUAUCAAAUUAAUAAUGAAUGAUCCAAGCCUUCUCGCUGAAUCUGUUCCAGUGCAUUUCCUGUCAUAACUACCUAAUGCCUAGGAAUGUUUUAAUUUAAAAAAAAAAAAAAAAGAAAAAAGUUUUUAAUAUGGAGAUAUUUGCAAAUAAAUCUUUUAAAUAAUGCUCAAGUCUUUUUAAAACCCUA